ACAUUUAUUAAAAUUGAGUUGUAUGGUUAUAGGUCAAAUUAAUGGUGGGAAAAAAAUUGAAUUGAUUUAUUUUGGUCUUAUUUUUUUAUAUAACAAAAACCUGGCAUCUGAACAGGGGUGUGUAGACUUUUUAUAUCCACCGUCUGUACAUUGAUGUGUGAAUCAUGUGUGCCGAAAUUGAUUAUGAUAAAUGUUUAGCACUAAUAUUCAAACUGUGCAUAAUGUUACAGUGGCUUACAAUAAUAUUAAAUGUACUUGGGAUAAAAUCUCUGUUUCGUUCGUAACUUCAAAAUGCUGUAUGUCCAAACCGUCAUAAACCGAAGAACCCCUGCAGUUGUUUGGCCUUUGCAAGAAUUUGUAUAGAAUUAGAGCAACUAGUUGUAGGUUUGAUGUGACGUUAUGAUCCAAACAGACAUAACGUGUUUCAAAAGUCAUCUGGUACGUGACGCCAAGUUCUAUUCUGCCAUCGCCAUGAACGCACAAACGCCAAACAUUCUCUGAGCACCUGAUCUCUACAGAGAGGAUGACUGAGCUGCCAUGUAGCCCAGGCACAUACUGUAUAAGGUGUGUCCUUGUGCUGCACAAUAACAUGCAAUAAUGUGUCCCAGUUCUUCUGGACCGAAUCCAGAAUUGUUCUUUCGUGAUGCACCAAUAGUCAGGAGGGAGUGGAGGCGUAUAUUUACAGGGAGAGAUGUGAGUUUUAAUGCAUACAUCAUUUGAGUGCUUGAUUGAUUCCUAUCCCUGCCGUCUUUGAUUGACUUCACCUUCGAGGAAUAAUAAACUUCAAAUAUGUCUGAAGGCCCGGUGAGUAAACCCCCACAUUAAACAGCAAAGGCAAAAAUGCUUCGCAAUUUAGUGCUUCCAAAGCUUUUUUUGAGCCAAGGCACGUAUUUUAAAUUAGAAGAAAUUUAAUGGCAUGUCACCAAAUAAAAACCUAACAUAAAUUACCUUCUGCCAUCUCGUGGAAGGGCUUUUAAUGUUUGUGCCUGUCAUUACAUGUACAUUAUUUGUCGUAAAUAAAAUAUUCUGGGGCCAAUUAAGUGAAAUUGGAUCAUUUCCCACGGCACACCUGUUGAUCUCUCAUGACUAAUGUGCCAUGGCAAACUGGUUGGAAUCACUGGUCUAGAAUCCUAGCUUCUGAUCAGGGCCCUACAAGGAAUUUGUCAAAGUGCAAGCCCUGGAAAUUUUUCAAAAUGGCUACAGCCAACUAAAAUGGCGGACUUCCUGUUCAAUUUUGGACUUGGGUCCAUGAGACUUUGUCGUAUCUCGUGUGAUGAUAGACAUGUCCACCAAAUUUUGUGUUGAUCAGUGAAACUGGUGUCUGGAAAUAUUUAUUUUCUAACUUACCAGGGGGCGUCACUCUGUGAGUUUUAGGGUGCUGUGAUGUACAAAAUACAUAUAUUUUCAUCACAUUACACGCUGUGUGCCUUCACCUGGCUUUUUUUUGGAGGGGGGCAUAAAUGCCACCCUGUGCAGCCCCACAUAUACUCACAUAAGGCUCAGGGUUGGGUUGGGAAAAAUAAUAGCCCAUCUGUCCUAAACAAGUUGCACGUUUUCUUCUUUGAUUGUGUUUAAAUCCAUUGAGUGUCGGUGCCGUUUUUAAUGUUCAUCUCUCAGCAGUCACCCAAUAAGAUUUUUCAAAGUGAUGCAUAAAGCAUAAUAAUUUACCUCGCAGAGAAAACCGAAAUAUUCAGCCACACGGCGACUGCACUUGAAGUCCAUCUUGCUGAGGAGGGCCGCCUCGAUGCUCUUGGCUGAGAGUGAAGAGAAAAGAGUGGAGAGGGAACGAUUCAUCAGUGAAUGUUUCCCUCAGCCGAAGACCUCGAACCUGUCAGUCCAAGACCUCCAGGAACUGUGCAAACAACUCCACAAAAAGAUUGAUGUCACCGAUGAAGCUCGUUAUGAUAUAGCGGUGAAGGUGGACAAAAAUGAAAAUGAGAUCGCAUCACUGAGACAGAAGAUUGUCGAGCUGAAGGGCAUCAAGCGGCCCAGCUUAAAGAGGGUGAAGAAAAGUACAGAUGACGUGCUGGGCGCCUACUCGGACCCCUCCAAACUCAUGAAGCCAGAUUUCAAGGUCAACCUUAAGACAGUGAAGAAAGAGGAUGAAAAACGGGAAGAAGUGACUGACUGGCGUAAGAAUGUGGAGGCCAUGUCUGGCAUGGAGGGCAGGAAGAAGCUCUUCGACGCCGGGCAAUAACCAAACUCGUCAUCAUAGCUUGUUUGGGGCAUUAUUUUUAUCGGACAGGUGGCUGUGCUUCUUACCAGUUUGGACAACACUGAUUAAACAUAUUACAGCCACUUUUGUGCUUAGUUUCUUUUGUCUGUAUUGCCUGGUACAGUUUUUAAUGUCCUAACUUCGAAAUCACCAAACUACUAGAUCUUUAUAAUAUGAACAGUGGAAGAGGCAUGAAUAAUGGGUGACCUAGCAUCCUGAUUUGCUUGCUGUCCUGGCACAAGAGUUCUAUUUUAGUUGACCACUCACAGACCAGACAAGAAGUUCUUGAAUGUGACCUGAGGCUCCUCCUGUCACUUCGAGACGGACGCUGCACAGCUUCAUUUGUACACACAAGAAAGAAAAAAAGGCUUCCAACAUGUCAGAGGCGUGAGUUGUGACUAUGUUUUGCUACAUUAACAUUUGUGUUUUUAAUUACUGUUCAAAUUCUAACUUGGUUUUCAUUCGCUCCUAAAUGUCCACCAAAGACCG